ACGGCCACCAGCUACAUCCUCUCGAGGAGCCAAGUGUACAUCUUUGAUAACACCACGGCCUGGGUGGAGGCACGAUGGGGGAACCAGGUCCGCAGGACCCCCAACCACACCCUGCACCUCAACGGGGCUGUCAAACUGGAUCCACUCACUGGGAUGUCCUUCUCCGAGAGCAGUGGCCAGCUGAGGGUGAGGGUGCCACAGCCACAGUGUGACAGCCUGAAGCAGCCACCACAGCACGAGGCUCGCUUCUGGAGGGUGGGAGACAGCGGCUGGACACAGGUGACAUGUGAGACAGUGCUGGUGACAACUAAAGAAAACUCAGUGACCUGUGCCCUGGGGGUCAAUGGCACCUUCGUGGUCCAGCUCCGGCACAAGCCUCCCCACUGGAGCAGCCCCUGGAGCGACUGGAGCAGCAACAUCUCUGAGGCAAUCCUGAGGAGGCCGGUGCUGAGCCAUCAGCUGGGCAAGCUGGGCACAGACGGGCAGCGGGCGCUGAGGCUGAGCUGGCAGCCAGUCCUCAUGGAGCACAAGGACGUCACCUACAAGCUGGACAUCACCAUGGUGGGGUGUGGCUGUGCAGAGUCCAUUGAGGAGGGCUCAGUGAAGCUGGGCAGGGAGGUGACAGAGCACAACCUCACCCUCUCCGGGGCCGAGUACCAGAUCCUGCUGAGCGCCAGCAACGCCGCGGGGCACGGGCCAGCACGGCAGCUCCGUGUGCCGGCAGGGCAGAGUGCAGGUACAGCGAUGCUGAGCUCCCCCGGCUGCCCUCAGGGCACUGUUUGUUCUUAA